GUAGUUAUUCAGAACUUUCAGAUUUGGUGGUGGUCUUAUAUUACAUUUUAUAAAAUCUAAAACCUUGAACUCAUUUACCCCUUUCUGUAUCAACAGACAUUGUAAAUUCUUUUCUACUAAUUAAAUAAUGGUACAAUUAGCUUUUUGUGUAAAAAUUUCUAUGCCUUUGAUAUUUGUUGCUCUAGAAGAAUUACUGGACCAUUUUAAAGCACUUCAUCAUUGGCUAGUUGAUUUCUAGAAAAGUUGUACUAAUUUAUAAUCUAGCCCAAUAUCAUUUUAAGGAACCCUUCGUAACAUGUCCUUGAAAUAGAUCUGCUUUUUCUGAUGUGAUAUUAAUCUGGGGUUUUGUUUUGGGUUUUUUGGUACCAGGAAUUGAACUCAGGAUACUAAUCUUGAUUUACAGCUUUUUUAGGGGCAGUACUGGGGAUCGAACUCACGACCUUGCGCUUGGGAGGCAAGCAAUGGUGCCACUGAGCUAAAUCCCUGGCCCCUUUAACUUAUAGCUUUUAAGGAUGUCAGAUUACUGAUUAGUUGUAGUAUAUGUAUCUGGAGCAAAAAUAAGAGAAAUGUUAGAUUUUGUAACAUGGAGAUUAAGUAAUUUGUAUUUUUAGGGAAAUAUGAUGACUGGGGAAGUGUAGCUAGAGGAAGUACCGUAUUAAUUUGUUAAGAAUAAUUUUGCAACCUUUCAUAACACUGAUUUGAUUCUAAAUAAAAAUACAGAGAAACUGUAAAUGGCUAAAUAUAGAUGAAGGUUAGAUUACGGAGAACUUGAAAUCAGGGUCUUUGUCUUAAUCAAAUUUACAUUGCUAACGUCUAGCAAAGUACUUGGCUCACUGUAAAUACUCUAACACAUGAAUGAUUUUUGUUUUACAAUGGUUGGACUGAACCCAGGGCCUCACAUGUGCUAGGUACAUUUUGUCAAUUGACAGUGCAGAAGAAAUACGAGAAUAUGUGACAGAUCUCCUCCAGGGAAAUGAGGACAAAAAAGGUCAAUUCAUAGAAGAUUUUAUAACUAAAUGGCAAAUGAAUGAUCAGGAGUUAGUUUCUGAUCCUUUGCAGCAGUGCUUCAAAAAAGAUGAAAUUUUAGAUGGGCAGAGAUCAGGAGACCAGCUAAAGCGGGGUAGGCGGAAAGGAAGAAACAAACAGGAAGUUCCUGCCAUUGCUGAACUUGACACAACUGUAGAGGUCAAAACACCUUUUGAUGUGGCCAAGGCACAAGAGAGCAGCAACUCUGUAAAGAAGAAAACGAAGUUUGUCAAUUUAUACACAAGAGAAGGACAAGACAAGCUUGCAGUCCUGCUUCCUGGUCGCCACCCUUGUGAUUGCCUGGGCCAGAAGCACAAACUCAUCAAUAACUGUCUAAUCUGUGGGCGGAUUGUCUGUGAACAAGAAGGUUCUGGGCCCUGCUUAUUUUGUGGCUCUCUGGUAUGUACUCAUGAAGAGCGUGAUAUUUUACAGCGUGACUCAAAUAAAAGCCAGAAACUGCUAAAGAAGCUCAUGUCAGGGGCGGAGAAUUCUGGAAAGGUGGACAUCCCUACUAAGGACCUUCUUCCUCACCAAGAAUCUCGAAUUAAGUCUGGACUGGAGAAGGCUAUCAAGCAUAAAGACAAACUGUUAGAGUUUGACAGAACUAGCAUUCGAAGGACCCAAGUCAUUGAUGAUGAGUCAGAUUACUUUGCCAGUGACUCUAACCAGUGGUUGUCCAAAAUUGAGCGAGAAACCCUGCAGAAGCGAGCAGAAGAGCUAAGAGAACUUCGACAUGCCUCUCGACUCUCUAAGAAAAUCACCAUUGACUUUGCAGGCAGGAAGAUCCUAGAAGAAGAAAAUCCAUUAGCGGAGUAUCACAGCAGAUUAGAUGAGACCAUACAGGCCAUUGCCAGUGGAACUUGGAACCAACCACUGAUGAGAUUGGAUAGAUCUUCUGAAGACCCAUUGGGAGUUCUGGUAAAUCCCAACCUGUACCAGUCCCCUCCCCAGUGGGUCGAUCACACAGGUGCCACCUCACAGAAGAAGGCUUUCCAUUCAGCAGGAUCGGGACUAGAGUUCAGCCUAUAUCAGCACCAACUGAGAAUACAGGAUGAAGAAUUCCAGGAAGGCUUUGAUAGUGGCUGGUGCCUUUCUGUGCAUCAGCCUUGGGCUUCUCUGCUUGUCAGAGGGAUUAAAAGGGUGGAGGGCAGAUCCUGGUACACUCCCCACAGAGGACGACUUUGGAUAGCAGCGACAGGCAAAAAACCUUCCCCUCAAGAAGUCUCCGAACUCCAGGCUACAUACCGUCUUCUGUGUGGGAAAGAUGUGGAAUUUCCCGGUGACUAUCCUUCAGGUUGUCUUCUGGGCUGUGUGGACCUAGUUGAUUGCUUGUCCCAGAAACAAUUUAAGGAGCAGUUUCCAGACAUCAGUCAAGAAUCUGAUUCUCCAUUUGUUUUCAUCUGCAAAAAUCCCCAGGAAAUGAUUGUGAAGUUUCCUAUUAAAGGAAAUCCAAAAAUCUGGAAACUGGAUUCUAAGAUCCAUCAAGGAGCAAAGAAGGGGUUAAUGAAGCAGAAUAAAGCUGUCUAAUCCAAGAGAAAAGGAACCAUACAGCAUAAUGGAGUUUUGUGUACUAAAACUGCUAUCCACUGGUCCUUUGGAAUUGAAAUAGUAGAAAUCAAAAGGCUUGAAUCUCAGAAUUUAAACUCUUACCAAAUUCUGUAUAUUUUUGUUAAAGAAUGGGAUUCUUUGUGUAGUGGGUCGAAAUCUUUGAAUUUAUUAUUUAUAAAAAAUUUAUUUUAAAAA